AUGAUGAAGUCGACACUACAUAAACGCCUGCUUCUCAGGGAGCAAGGAGAUAGCAUUCCGUACUCUAGCGUCCGCGGAAUCUAUGGCGAUAAAGCGUGGAUAAAUGACUUGGAUAUAGUCAAUGAGCUUGGCGGACACAAUGGCUGUGUCAAUGCUUUAUCCUGGUCGAGCUCCGGGAAAUUCCUCGCGUCAGGAUCCGAUGACAAACACCUGAACAUAUACUCAUAUCAACCCGAAUCUACGGAUGUGCCAUUCUUCCUCAACACUACCGUCAUCACUGGCCAUUCGGCAAACAUAUUCUCUGUGAAAUUCAUGCCGCAUUCGAAUGACGGGACGGUGGUGUCAUGUGCGGGUGAUUCGGAAGUCCGUGUUUUUGACAUCGAGCAUCAAGGAAGGGCUACGAAUGUGACAAACGCUGCCUUUUCCUCUGCUCGGAGACGAAGAAUCAAUAAUUUCUUCAGCGGAAUGUGGUAUUUGACGGAAAAUAACACAAAUUCGAGAGUCUAUAGAUCUCACGCAGAUCGGGUGAAACGAAUUGUGACCGAAAAUUCACCACACCAUUUCCUAACCUGCUCUGAGGACGGGGAGGUUAGGCAGUGGGAUCUACGCCAGCCGUCAUCGGCAUAUCCAUCACCUCGUGGGGGUCAGGGUUUCAUGGCGUUCAGGCCGGGGUUGAGGCAUGACGAUUCCAACGUACCUCCGCCGUUGAUCUCGUAUAAGCGGUAUAACCUUGAUUUGAACACCAUAUCUUGUUCCCCAACUCAACCGCAUUACAUUGCCCUUGGAGGUGCUCAUCUCCACUGCUUCUUACACGAUAGGCGAAUGCUCGGCCGUGAUCUGCAGGAAGAACGUGGCCAGCCUGGAAGUCAGAGUCCUCCAAAAUCGUGGCAUGAAAACGAGCUCAUGGGGAAAGCUACGCGCUGUGUUAGAAGAUUUGCCCCACGCGGCCAAAAGAAAAUGAGAAGUAGGGACAAUGGCCAUAUCACGGCUUGCAAAAUUAGCAAUGCCAAUCCAAACGAGAUGAUUGUCAGCUGGUCUGGAGAGCACAUCUACAGCUUUGAUCUGAUUCACAGUGACGAUGCACUCGACCACAAAGAGGGAGAUGAUAAGGAACGCCUGAAUGGCACUACCUCUGGGAGAGCUAGGAAGUCGAAAAACAGAAAAAGGAAACGUGGAAAGGCACGUUCUACUGGCUCUGUUGCCAGCGGGUCGCGCCACCAAUCUCGCCGCCGGCCCGAAAGUACCGAACCAGAAGACCUGGCUUUUAGGGUUCGUUAUAGGAACGGCGAGUUUGAAGAUAUUCCAUUCGACUCACUCCCAGGCUCUAGUCUUGCGGAUACUCCCGAGGAAGUUCUAGAAAGAGCACGCGAAUCUGUCCUGAAUGAGGCACAGAAACUAAGCCUUCGUAUAGCCAAGGGCCUUGUUGAGGUUCGCAAGCUGCUUUUUUCAGUCGAUGCUUCUACUCGCGAGACGGCUGAAGAGCAACCAACCUCCGAACCUACGGCGUAUACGUCCUCAUUUACAUCCGUUCUGGGGCUCGCAGCGACUUAUUUGCCUGAGAUGGACGACGUAAUAAGGAAGUGGAGGUAUCCUCUAAAUCCGGCUCAUGGAGACGUCAUUUUUCAACAAGCGCUGCGCAGUAACAGAGAGUCGUCCCGUCGAUUUAUCCAGGCUUCCGGUACCUUGGCUAGAGUCCUUGGAGGUAAAAUACAGACAGCAUCUGGUGGUGAUAGCCCGCAGCUACGCUUUUUUCAGCGGAUAGAGCCCGCUCCUACUGAAAAUGGUGUUAUUGAUAACAGCAGUAAAUUCGGGUACGAUUUCUUAAAGGCUAUUCUAUUAUGGCUUGAGGGUGGAAGGCCGGCGCUGCUUGAAGGCUUCAAGCAAUCCCCGGCAGAACGCCGUAACGCUGCCAGAUUUCCUAUUUCACCGUCUGCUACGGAUGAAGCGAUCGACACCAUUUUGAUACCAUACCUAAAAGGUUUGGCUGGAAACGCUCCGGUGGUGAACGUGGACGCCUCUAGGUUUGAGCUUGAUGAGUCUCGCAUAGUAUUUACUUCGGAGUCUCAUGCGGUGAAUGCCUUUGCUCAAGCAAUCAAGCUCCCUCUAGAGGACCUCUCCGGAUCUGUGGCGUCAUCGGUUGAAGACGAGGAGCCCUCAAGAAGCCACUCCAACCUAUCCGCCCUUGAUCGACAAGCUGCGAUUAGAUUCUGGGGUUUAAAGGUUGGAAGAGGUAUUCUAAUGGAAGUUGGUGAAGGCGUCAAUUUUGAAUUUGUCAAUCGAGCUUUCGGUGGUCUUCGAGCUACGCUUGAAGAAGAUGAAGAUGAAGACGAUGGCAGAGAAAGACUUCAAGAGGAUAUCGAUCCUAAUGAAGAGGAACAAGAAAUCUCAGAGCUCCAUGUUCUCGCCAGAUCUCCGUCACGUCCUCACGAUCCUCGUUCAGAACCAGAAGUUGCUUCUGAGGCUGAUUCCGAGGAAGGGCACGAUGACGAUAGCUCAUCCGAAGAUCUGGAUGAUGAGUAUAGUGAUGACGAUAGUAGCGACUAUGACUCUGAGGACGAACACUCGAGGGGUUCAGAUGAUGACGAGUUUGGAAUCUCCACUCAACUACCCUCGACGAGGCGUAACACAGUCGAGUCGCAUGUUCCUUGCUCGUCCCAUCUAAACGUUUACCAAGGGCACUGCAACAUUAAAACUGUGAAAGACGUCAAUUACUUCGGUUUAGAUGACGAGUACGUUGUCAGUGGGAGCGAUGAUGGGAACCUCUUUAUAUGGGACCGAAAGACAUCCGAUUUACUCAACAUUCUCAGCGGAGAUAGUGAAGUUGUCAACGUUAUACAAGGUCAUCCAUACGAACCGACACUCGCAGUAUCAGGAAUUGACCAAACAAUCAAAAUAUUCUCACCCGAUAGUCGAGCACAAGAGGAUGCUAGCAAGGGUGUCAACAUUGCCGAUCCCGAUGCUCAGUCUAAUAUGACUGUUGGCGUUGACCAUGUUCUAGGAGAAGGUCAAAGAAAUACGCAAGGCGUCGGACUCGAGAGCCGAAAGCGACUGCACGACAGCUACCAGAUCCUAAGCCAGAAUGAUGUGAAUCGCCAAGGAGGGAUGAAUGAAGCCUUUCUUACGGUACGUUUACUACAACCCUUGAUCCUCCCCCGAAGAGGGCUAUCGUUUGCCGAAUGGGCAGCAUUAUUUUGA